UUAUUCCAUUAAUCUAUCCAAUUAAAGAGGCUUUUAUUACUAUUAAUUUUCCAAUGAAUAAGAUUUUUUUGACUUUAUCUAGUUUUUGUAAAAGUUUGGAAUACAUAGAUAUAACUACUAUUCAACAAUUUAAUCUACAAGAAACAGAUAGUAGUGGUAUUGCAUCGUUGAUCAUUUCUCAAACAUCACUACGUACAUUAGUGCUUCGUGGAUCAUUUCAAUUUUUGGAUCAAAUAUUAUGUGCUCUUCCAUCUCAAUCCGAUUCACUCAAAGAUCUUACUUUUUCUUUUGUAGAUUUUUCUGCAUCUACUCCAUUACAUGGUAUAGCAGCAUGUAAAAAUUUAAGAGAAUUGAGAUUUUGGGAGUGUUAUAACAUUUCAGAUGAAAUAUGUGAACCAUUGGUGAACUGUGAAUUUGAGAAAUUACGUAUCAUUGAUUUAGAAGAAACUCAUAGCAAGAUACUUAUGGAAUGGAAGGAGAAAAGAGAGAAUCAACAGGACUAA